UUGGGUUGGAAACAUCUAUCAGAAGUUCGAAGCUGUGUGCAUGGAGGUUGAUGACAUUGUGUGCCCGGAAACAUUGAGAUAUGUAGAAAACCAGUUGCAGACAGUUGGUUCGAACGUUAGACAGUUCUGUGCUGAACUCUGCGAAGAGUUGCUCCCUUCGUCUCCUACUGAUCCGGUAGAAGACCUUAACUCGAACCGGGAGCAAAAUGCCAGUGUUGCUAGCUACGAGGACUCGAACAUAAGCGUUGAUGAAGAUCGACCUCAUACAGAACUGAUCGGUUCCUCGUUAUCUAAUGAUGAGCUUCAGGACCAUGAUUCUACUGCAAAUGACACGUCAUUAGAGUCUAUUGAAACUAGCCAUGAACCCAAAGUUCCAUCAAUUGAUAAGAUAAAGUUCGAAGAAAGCUGCAUUAUAGUAGAAAGUAGAGAGCUUCAUUCCCUCAAUAAUGAAUUCAGAAAACGCCAGCCAUCCAAGAGAAAGCUCCGGCAGGCCUUUUCUUCUAAGCUAAGGUUGGCAAAGCUGGAUGACAAAGUGAGUCCGCUAUCCGGACGUGCCGACCAAAGAGAAUCACUAGACGGAGGGUUUUGCGAAUCUGAUUGGGAGAUUGUUUAG